AUGUGCAGACUCCCGGAUUUGGGAGAAGCGGACAUUGACAUGGCGCUUCUGAAUCGAACGCUGUGGGGAUACGAUAAGAACUCCCCUCCGACUCUCCCGAUGAAGGUGGAGGUCUCCGUGUACAACACCCUCGUCACGGACAUCGACCCUGUUAAUCAGAAGGUGACUCUGGACGUGUACUUCCGAGGUCACUGGGAAGACGCGAGAUUGAAAUUCUCCAGUUCUGCAAUGAAGGAGAUGAGGACGUCCGACGGAAAAACGAUCGCGAGGAUUUGGAGACCGGAUUUCUUCUUCCAGUCCCUGGAAACUCGACCUCACACCUUUCCCACCGACAACCAACACAUCCUUAUCGGCCAAGAUGGGUCCAUCACUUUCAGCCGAAGGGUUUCGCAUGCAUGGAAAAAAGUUUCUAGCACGGAGGAUACCAUCCAGCUGAGGCCUCGUGGCGUGGCAUUCAACGACGAAGGAGUGCGGAAUCAGGAAUUUCGGCUUCCUCUCGUCUCCAUGUCCCAUAAAAUCCUGGAAACCGGAACAGGGCGAUAUUCCCUGGUGAGUGUGGAUUACAAGCUCGCCCGGAAUCCCCAUCGAUACAUCUUGGGCUCCUUCGUCCCCGUCUACCUUGCCGUCCUCGUCGCUUACCUCACCAUGUGGAUCCAAAAGUCUUCUCUGAGCGCGAGGAUGCUGCUGUUGGGGAUGCUGCUCUUGGCAGUCAUGGUCGUGGCUCAGAGCGCUCAAAACAACAUGCACAAAACUCCUGCUUCCACCGCCAUGGACUGGAAGCUCUGGAUCUCUUUCUCCUUCAUCCUUGGAGCCCUGGUGGAGUGCGUUGCCAUGGAGUAUUUCGAGGGGACGAAGGGAAUGCCUGGUGUGACGUCGAGGAUGGAAACAAUUUCUCGUCUUGCCUAUCCCAUCCUAUACGUCCUCUUUCUCAUCAUCUACUGGAUCUCUUGUGCAGCAUGAUUUUACAUUAGAGUCGAUUCACUUCCGAAAUCAAAGGAGCCU